CUUAUUCCUCUGCAUUCAACUGCUUCUGUUGUCCUAAAAUAUUUAAAACCGGAAGAAUAUUUGUUUAGGGGAUUUCAAGUUCACCUCCUAAAAGAGUCGGUACAAUAUGUUGAAGCAUAAACGUGACGAAGUUAUUCUGAUCUUAACAUUUCUUUUACUAGUUUCAAACUUAUGUUGGUUGAUGAGUCCAAAGAAAGUGAAGGAACGUGACAAUACGGGCAAAAAUAAUUUACAAAUAUUUUUAUUAGCAGGGCAAAGCAACAUGGCUGGACGUGGCGGAGUUACUAAAGAAGUUUCAACAGAAGGAACUAUUACCAAAGUUUGGAAUGGUUUUGUGCCUCAAGAAUGUAAACCAAACCAAAAGAUUUUACGAUUUAAUGCUGCUUUAAAAUGGGAAGAAGCACAUGAGCCUAUGAAUUAUGGAAUUGAUUGCUUAGCAAGUUGUGGACUUGGCCCUGGUAUGGCUUUUGCUAAUGAGAUCCUUAAAAAAGAUUCAGAAUUUGGGGUUAUAGGUUUAGUACCUUGUGCUAGAGGAGGGACUCCUCUUUCUAAAUGGCACCGUGGGUCUUUACCUUAUGAUGAUUUGGUUAAAAGAGCCAAAUCUGCUGAAAAAGAUGGAGGAAUUAUUAGGGGGUUAUUGUGGUAUCAUGGGGAGAGUGAUGUAAAAGGUGGGAAUGGAUCAAAAGUAUAUAAAACCAACUUGGAGAAAUUCAUUCAUGACUUGCGCACUGAUUUGAAUUCUCCUAAUCUCCCCAUUUUGCAGGGCAUAAUAUACAUACUUUUUGAAACAUUCCCAAGGAAAUCCGCAGCCGCUAUCCUUCAGGUUAUCCUUCCAUACCCGAAGGAGCCAUUUAAAGGGCCAUAUAUAGAAGAAGUGAGAGCAACUCAGUUGGCUAUCAAUGUCCCAAAUGUGGUCAAAAUAGAUGCUAAGGGACUAGAACUGGGUCCAGAUGGUAUUCAUCUCACUACCCCAGCACAAGUUCAACUUGGUCAUAUGUUUGCUCAUGCUUUUCUUAGCCUAAAAAGUUUCUCUAGUUUCUUCAAGUUUUUCCCUUCUAAUAUACUCUUUUAGAUCAACUUGUUGUAUCUAUUGAAUAAUUAGGUCUUAAGAAUGAAGUUUUGUACCACGUUCUUGCACAGCAG